GUUAUUCUAUUUUUGUAGGCUGUGCCUGUGGAUUGUCAGAUUUUCAAAGGUAUUGCAACAGUUACUAUUGAGCAUUUGACUGGGGAAGCAAAACCGAUCGAAGCAAAGGUGGGAGAUCGGAUUCCUGCCUGGUGGUGCAAGGAACUUGGAUGGUUGAAUGAUUGUCAAGGUAUUGUCAUUAAAAGUUAAAUAUAAGAUACUUCGAGACGUUACUCAUUGGAUAUCAAAAUGCGUGUCAUGGUCUUUUAUGAUCAUGGUCACCUGAAAUUACUGGCUGUAGUUGACUUAUUUUUUUAUUUUUCAUUUCUCGUGCUUGACGUGCUCAACAAACUGUGUUCAAUCAUCUCUGGGUGCCAUUAUCGAACCUAAGUAAGGCAAUAAAGAUAUGGAAAGAUUCAACACUAAAUAGAAUUUUUCAAUUGACUGAAGGGGCCCAGUAAAACAAACCAAAACUUCAAAGAUGGCUCGAUAAGUUGGUGAGCAAUACAGCAAGGUUGUAGUGGGGUUGUCGUUUGCUGUUGCUUUCCUUGGACCAUUGUUUUUCAAUUGGCCAUUCAUGAGUACUUCGGGUAACAAGAACAAUCAUCCUCUUAUCCUGUUUGCUAACAAGGAUAAUAGACUAGAUAAUCAUCCUGAACUCCAAGGUUUCCUAAUCUAUAGUAGUCCCCUGGUUAUCUGGCCAAGGAUUUGUUUCUAUUCCUAUUCUGGUGUUCUUUUUGGGUAGAAAGUAUGACUGUAUUCUUCUGGAACUUCUAAUUAGUGUUAUAACUAUAAACUGUUCUUGGUUUACCAUGCAGCCUGCAGAGGAUCAAUCUUUAGAGCAAUAGGAUCAAUGAUGGAAGCAUCACCACGUGCCUUGGCAGUAGCUCCAUUUGCAUACACCACUGUCAUUAGUUCCUAUGCCAAAAAGGGAAUAUUACUUAAAGGAGGGCAGGUUCUGGAUGCUCUAGCUUCCUGCCACACAAAUGCAUUUGAUAAAAGUGGGAGACUGACUACAGGAGUUGUGAAGGAAGCUCUUGCUCUUGCAACUGCUAUGGAGAAGAGCACAGCACAUCUUAUUGGAAGAGGACUUGUUGCUACUCGAAAUGACACUCAGGUAGCAAACUUCAAUUCGCCGUGUCACGGUUACUCAUGAUUUGCGAAAAAUGAGGUGGGAUUAUCUUAAAUAUAUAUGCCCUUAUGCAAUGAAGUAGUUUUAUUUUUAAGUACUAUGGAUGGAAAAAUGGCUGAGGGAACUGAUAGCUGUUAUUUAUGUACAGUCAGUAAGUGGAAGAGCUAGAUCAUUGAAAGCUUCCCUUGGCUCUGUUGAGUUCAUUACUUCUCUUUGUAAAUCCGAAGACAAGUCGAGAGAAAUUUCCUGUUUACUUUCAUUUCUGUUUCCUGUUUUUGAGAAAACAGAUGUUGAAAACAGGUGAAAACAACAUUUUGUCGUUUCCGAAAACAGCAGGAAGUUGCCACUUUCUGUUUUCCUAGUUGGAAACGAAUAGAAAAAAGAAUGAAAAGUAAACAAGUUU